GAUUUAUUUGCCGCUACAAGCAUUACGCGCCUCUCUGAAAUUCUCAUGUCUAUCAAGAUAUACUGACAACAGUUUCCUAACAUGGGUAACUAUGAAAAUGGAGCAAAAUCAAAUGACUUGAGCAUCCUAAGGGUAAAGGCAGUUUGGCGUGUAACUAGUCUUUGCUCAAUGACAUUUAACAUAAUCUCUACUCGAAAACAACCCGCCUCGAUUUUUUUGAUACUAAUAGAACCUUUACAACUCACAUGGUCGUAUAUUGUAGGAUUCAGAACAUUUCUAGCUAAAAGAACAAAUUAUAGCUUUUGUUUGUAAAAUUCCGGAAAAAAUAUAUGGACAAAAAGUUAGGACUUUUCGAUUAUAGAGUGGCAGAUAAGUGGCUUAAAGCAUAUAAAAUCAUUCCUGGCAGUAAGUAUGUUUUCUACGCAUUGUCAUAUGACAAUGCUUGUUAGAUCGUUCACUAGUUGUCGUUCAUUUUUUACCACUACCUGUUUGUUUAUAAACGGAGGAUGUGAAGUUACUACCCAAAAUCAUCUAAACAACCAUGCUUUCGUAGACAUCGCUUUGUUUUGAUUGUCAAUCGAAUACAUGGUCAAAUUUGAAGAUUCUGAAUAGAAGUAUGUCAAAGCUUUGACAUCCAUUCUUUACUAUUUAUGUUCUUGUGCUACGCUAUGCACGUGACCAUAACCACUUUCAAAUCCUGCCUGCUGAUAGGCUGGUGAAUUACAAUUGGCAUAUAUGGCAAUCUUUGCUGGGGUCUUGGCUCGUUAUAAUGUAAUCCCGCAGAAUAAACUGAGAAUUUCCUAUUAGUAUAAGAAUUUACAUUCUGAGGUCUUAGCACCCUUAUUAUUUCCGCCUGUCAAUAUAUCUGAUUGUCUUUACUGUAUCCUCUGUUAACUUCCGGUUAUUGACAAAACCUGUACUAGUAAUACGAUGGACGGACCACUUAUCUAUCUGGCAAUGGAUAAUGCAAAAAUAAUCAUCAAUAUAUUAAAGGCAGUGCAUUUUCGCGAUCUUGCCACAAUAUUUGCCACAAAUAAUGGUAUUAAGGUGACAGUAGAGGACUCAAAAUGCAUUCAAGGAAACGCUUUUCUGCAUUCAGCGCUUUUCCGUGAAUACUCUGUAAAGAAGGAUAUAAUAUCGUUUAGGACAAACCUUGGUGUGCUUGUUGACUGCCUUUCUAUUUUUGGGACUUCAGUUCAAGGACCAUCAGUUUCAUUCAUUUUAUCCUAUAAAACUCACGGGAGUGCUUUAAACAUUUUACUAGAAGAAAACGGAGUUGUAGCAGAAUGCAACAUUAAAACUAUGGAGGCGUUUGAAAUAUUGGACUUUGAUUUUUCAAGCAGUAAUAUCUCAGAUAAAUUCAUAAUGAAGUCAGAAUGUAUGCGUGAAGCGUUCAAUGAACUCGAUACUUCAAGCGAAGUCUUGGAAGUUGCUGUAAUACCACCUCCGGCUGUUCAGUCUCGUCUUCGUUUAACGACGUAUGGCUUCGCUGGAACUAUGCAUUUUGACUUACCUCGGUCAUCUGAUCAAGUAGAAGUUUUUGAAUCUGCAGCUGCAAGUCCUCGGAUAGCUCGAUUUCGUCUUUCGCUUCUACGGCUUGCAACAAGCCGAGCACUGUCAAUGGCUAGCCGUAUUUCGCUGCGUAUCAAUGACCGGGGAUUCUUGUCGAUCCAGUACAUGAUAAAUCUUUCAGACGGUGAAGUUGCUUUUGUCGAGUUUUUCUGUGUUCCAGAUGUAGAUGAAACAGAUCAGCCAGAAUCUCAGACAAGCACGAAUAGUCCACAGAAGUCUAGUAAGAUAUCUCAUUUUGCAUCAACAUUGAAGUGUCCAACAAACGCAAUAGACCCUGAUUGGAGUGAUUAAGAAACUUAUUUUUGAGUUGGACUUUAAAAUUUAACCAAACAGCUUUACAAAUUCAGAUUAAAAACCCUCACUUUUCGUAUGACUUUAAAUACGUAUUGUAAAUAGCAUAUUCUGUUAUACUCUAUCUAAAGACUUGAUCAUUUGCUCAGGGAAAAACUUUUUUUAAAAACUUGAUGUUAGUAUUUGUUCGAUCUUGUGUGUUUAAUAAAAUCAAAUUCUUGGACUUAUGGUUUUUAACCUAAUCAGAUGAAAGAUUAUUUUUUCCAUGGGUGCUAUCAUUUUUAUUUUCAUACAUAAUCAAGUAUUCUAAAAUAAAUUACAAAGGAGUUAUAUAAACAAAUAAUUUUUCUUGAUUAAUAUAGAGAGUAAGCUAGUUUUAUCAGUGAAUAGGUGUUUACAUUAUAUUGGGUUAUUCGUAGUCUCUUUUAAAUUAGUGUUUGUUUAUUGUCCGACUUUUAAAGGAGAGCUUUUCAUUGUAGGAAAUGAUUAGGUUUCUAUUAGUUAACCGUACAAAUAAAUUUUACUUAAUGAGCUUGCCCAACUGGUUGUGUGGUUGAUUGAACUUUUCUUAUUAUUAUCAGCAUUAUAAGUUGUGAAAUGUUAAGAGUUGUCAUGAAAGAAAGGGCUUGCUUUGACAUUCGGAAAUAGCCGAAUGCUUGAAGUAAGUGGGAGCAGCGGUCUAAUGUGUUUUAGUUUUCUGUAUAUUUCAGGUUUACAUUUGUGUGUGGUAAUGCUAAAAUCAACUCGCUGAAUUGUUUGAUUGAAUAAUUUUUUUCUUUAAAUCAAGGAUAAACGAACAUCAUUACUUCCACAAGCCAGUUGCCUGUCGGGAAGAAUAGUACUUAUGAAAUAAGCAAUUGGUUUUCAACUGGUUGUUUAGAUUUACUACCGCGUUAUUUAACAAAAAGACUGCCAUGGUAGACCUCAUGAUGUUCCAGUUCACAAGAAACACGCCGGAUUUCAAGCGGUGGAAUUUGAGAAUCGCACUGGUUAAAAUAAGAUGUGGAUAACAAAAACCAAACGUACAUGUCUGUUUGCCAUUAUCUGAUUGUUUAAUAUAUCUGGUCAUACAACGAUUGCUUUUGGGAUUUACAUGAUUUGGUUGUGAAAGUGUAUGUUUGAAUAUAUAUUCAGUCAUGAUGUGGGACAUCUUAGCAUACAAUUAAAUGUCAAUGACAAAACAUUCUGUCAAGUUGCAGAAAAUUCAUUAUGAGCAGUGGUAAAAUAAAUGUCAGAAACUUUACAUACGAGUCUCCUAAUCAUAUUUUUGAAAAUGGCAAUACUGUCCAUCUAACUUCAUAAUAUAGAUGAGAACAAAUACUUUGAUUAGUUGCAUCUUGAAGUAUUGAAAAAUUAGUUUGUAAUCACUUUUAUACAAUACAAUGUAGUAUGAACAUCUAGGAGAUAACAAAUCAGCUCCCUAUUGUUGUAUACGAGUUAGAGGAAAGGUAAUAACUGCGAUUUUCUAUGUCUGUUUGUUGCAACAGAUAGUGUUACAUCACCCGACACUUAGGCGACCUGCUUGAAUAUCUGGGCUACCUGUUCCUAUCAUCUAGAUAUUUCAACAAUUUAUCUGUUUCCUUAUUUGUUUUAACAGAUCAUUAUGUCAAUUAAUUGUAUAACCUAUUCAGAUGUGUUUGUGGAAAGUUUACAACCUUUCGCUGUACAAGUUGCAAAAACGUAUAGUCGGAGACGUCGUGAUGGCUGACAAUAUACAUUGAAAAGAAUGACUCAAUGUAUUUGAUAGUCUAAUGGAAUAAUUGAGAUGGUUGAACUGAUAUUUUGUUUAUGGAACUGAUACUCCAGUCUUAAUAGAAUAAAUAUCAGAAUAUCGAGCUAUUAGCUUGUUGAUACCGAAUGAAAGUUGUCAUUUAUGAACUUAGUGUCUGACUGAAAUAGCAGUAUUCAAUUAUUCAUGGGAUAACAGAUGCUUAUCAUAAAAUAAUAAGUUUUCUUUAGCUUCUUCACAUCAUGACACUCAUCAAUCCAAUUGUGUUGAAAUAUUAUGGAAACAAGUAUAUAACUGAAUGAACGAGAACAUGUCAAUCACCAAAUAUUUGUUCCUGUUUAAAAUUAAUUAAAUACAUAAAUCAUGUUUCCCAUUAUCUGUUCUUUUCUUGAUUUUUUGCUUCAUUUGAUAACUUACAUCAUUUUGAUAAGUUUAUACAUAUUUCCACUUGUUAAUUAGUGUAAACCUGUUAUACUUUAAUGGUAAAUGCUAUUACAUAUGAGAAUCAAAUUAAAACUAAAGUAUUUCAAAUGGAAAGUAUAAUUUUAACAUCACGUUUAACAUUUUACAGAAACUUGCUAUAUAUUGUAACUAAAACUUUUCAAAUGUUUUUUUUUAAUCACUUGUCCAUGUGAUAUACUUUAAAUAUUGUUUACUAUUUUAUUGAUAUCUAUGCUGACUUUUAUGUAUGGAACAGGAUUUAUCUAUCAUUUUACGUUGAAAGGAUUAUUGAAAAGAAAUAAAAUAACGAUUGUAAAAAACUAAAUAAUCGCCACUUGUUGGUAGAUGAUGUAAUACACAUUUUAGUAUUGUGUACUGAGGCUUUUUCUUAUCGUUGUGGAUUAUCAGGUUAUAUGAAUUAAGGUUG